UGGUCAGGAUGUGUUUGUGUCGCUGUUCCAGAAAUGAAAACCAUUGAAUCAGCGUUGGACGGGGAGCUAAGCGUCUCCGCUGGACGCCGCGCUGUGUGCCGUGGCGUGGCUCGGUAGUUCACUACCUGCUCCUCUGGUUUCACCGGAACCAGCCUCCACUCGAAGGCGUUUGACAUUUGCAUCAGAAUUGUGUGAUUGCGAAAUGACGGUGGGAUAAGCGAAGCGCUACAUUGAUGGCUUUGGAGCGUUACGUUCGGCGUUCGACCCCGCUCUCUGUGUUGGACUUUCGAGAUGUCAGGAGCUAACGUCAUGGAGUCCACCAAAGCGCUCGGUAAACUGGACCUGAGCCCCGGCUUGGCCGCUGUUGGGGACAGCGCCUCCAUGAACCAGUCCGGCCAGCAGCUUCUGGGACCACAGGACCUCGCUCACCUGAACGGCUGUGUCCCACUUUCUCAUCAGGUGGCAGGUCACAAGUAUGGAGUGAAGAAAGUUGGUAUUUUACAACAUCCAGAUGGAACAGUCUUGAAGCAAGUUCAGCCUCCACCCAGAGGACCACGAGAAAUGCAGUUUUAUAGCAUGGUGUUUGCAGAGGACUGCUCUGAUCCUUGUCUGCUGGACCUCCAGAAACACCUUCCCAAAUAUUACGGCACCUGGUCUUCUCCUGACAGCCCAAACGAGCUCUACCUGAAGCUGGAGGAUGUGACGAGUCGCUUCAACAAGCCGUGCAUCAUGGAUGUGAAGCUGGGCCGCAGAAGCUAUGAUCCGCUGGCUUCACAGGAGAAACGGGAGCAACAGAUCAGAAAAUACCCUCUGAUGGAGGAGAUCGGAUUCCUGAUCCUGGGCAUGAGGGUCUAUGAUGUUCGCAGUGAGACGUUCAACUCCUACAACCAGCACUAUGGAAGGGCCCUGGCUCAGGACACGGUUAAAGACGGUUUAGCUACGUUCUUUGAGAACGGCGUGUGUUUGAGGAGGGACGCCGUCCGGGCCAGCAUCUGCAGGGUGCAGCACAUUCUCAACUGGUUUCACUCCCAGCACCAGCUGGCCUUUUACGCCAGCUCCCUUCUUUUCGUCUACGAGGGUCUUCCCUCCUCUUUGUCAUCUCUCCUCAUCGGCCCGUCAGUCAGCGACGGUCUGAUGAAAACCGCCCAUUCGGUGCUGGUUAGUGAUGGCGGUCAAAGCCAGGAAGAGGAAGCGGGUCAGCAGGAAGCUGGACAGGAAAACAAGCUAGCCGAGUACAACAACAACACCGAAGUGGGCGUUUUAUGGGACAGCAGCAUCUCCAUGGUUCACACCAAUCACAGGAAGGACAGGGACAAGCCCUGUGUCAGGGGUCACCUCCACUUCAGCAGGGUGGAUGAUGUAGUUGCCGAGGUAACGAAAGCCUCCGAUCACGCUCCUGCGCCGUACGAAGAAGACAACACGUAUCAGAGGAAGGCCGACCCGAAGCUGUCACCGAAUGGGAACAGAAACCAGGAUGGAGACAGAGGCAGGACAGAGGAGGACAAGGAUGGGAUGGAGGGACAGAGGGGGACAGACGGACAGGGCGGGACAGGAGAUGCAGCUGUGGAGGUCAGAAUGAUCGACUUUGCUCAUGUUUUCCCAAGCGACAGCCUGGACCACGGCUACAUCUACGGCUUGAAACACCUGCUGACGGUGCUGGAGCAGAUCCUGUGUGACGCCGCUCAGAGCGCGCUCAGUCCGCCUACCUCCUGAAGUCCACAUGCAACCACUGUGUCUUCUUCUCAGCUAACGCAAAACUGGAGCAGACUGGAUGAGCCGCCAUUGAUUCUUCUUAUCCUGAAGGCUUUAGCUGCCUUUCUGUUGGCGACUGCGUCCCGUAUUUUAUCACAGGUUUUAUUGUCGUGAACAUGAGUUGGCGCCUCAGCUGCUGGUUGUUUUGGAAAAGUUCUGGAUAAAUAAUAUUUUAAGUUACUAAAACAAAAUGCAACCUGUAUUUCCCACAACUUGUGGGUUGUUUUUCUGCAAUUUAAUUCCACAAAAUGUACCACCCGGAAGUUCCAGGAGUUCGUCCUGCAUCUAUCCUACAUGUUUCUGCGCCAUACCCCUCCAGCUGAUUAGGUUCCUGAAACCACCCUCCUCCAAACACCCUGUAAAUUGCGGGAUGCGCAGGCUGCAGGCUGAGAUGCGCAGGCUGCAGGCUGCAGGCUGAGAUGCGCAGGCUGCAGGCUGAGAUGCGCAGGCUGCAGGCUGAGAUGCGCAGGCUGCAGGCUGCAGGCUGAGAUGCGCAGGCUGCAGGCUGCAGGCUGAGAUGCGCAGGCUGCAGGCUGACCUGCGACCUUCAUACCAUCAUCCCUGAUUACUGGAAAGCAUUUUAUUAUUAGCAGGCUUCAAAUGAACAACACGUUUCUGUUUUUCUCAUCUCUUUAUAAGAUAGUAGAUAUGUGUUCUAUGAUAUCACUUUACUUUAUGCUACUGGAUAAGUGCUAUUUUGACUAGAUAUAAUAAAUUAGUGACAUUUUCAGACUGUCUGGCUCUGUCAGGCACAUAAUCAACUCUUAAUGAAACUCCCAGUCUGAUCACCUGACUAAUCAUUUGUUCAUUCAUUCGUUCAUUCCAGAGGAAUUAAAAAUAAAACUUCAUCAGCAAUGGAGUUAUGCUGCUACUGAUCCGAUCCAUGUCUUUAGGAAUAAAAAACAGAUCUGUGAGUCUUUCAUUAGAUCUGUUCAGUUUAAAUCGCUUUCAGUUGAAAACUUGUCUGACUUUAUAUUUGUUUACAGGAGAAAGCAGGACUGAAAAACAGUAAAUUAGGGGUUUGAUCAGCUGUCCAUGAAUAAACUGCAACUCAUUUCUAAACAGCUUAAAGAAGCCAGUGGUGGAAAAGACUUGGAAAAUGAUGAUAAUGUUGGAAUCAGUUGUUAAUUUAGUGCUUUUCUUUAAACCACUGACGACUAACUCAGGUAUCCUCCCUGUCUUUUUAAUGUGUGUGUGUGUGUGUGUGUGUGUGUGUGUGUGUGUGUGUGUGUGUGUGUGUGUGUGUGUGUGUGUGUGUGGUGUGUGUGUGUGUGUGUGUGUGUGUGUGUGUGUGUGUGUGUGUGUGUGUGUGUGUGUAAAUCAAUGCUAUAUGCUGUAUAACUGGUGGUCUUUCUACUUGAUGUUGGUUGAUUUUUAUUUUUGUAAUCUCAUGGCUGACCUGAUCUCAUUGCUGUUGACCUGAACCUUGUUUUAAACUUUUAUAUUUGAUUUUCAUUCGUACCUCUUGACAGGAAGCUUGAUGUAUUUACAUUUUACUGUUGCUGUGAUCAGCAGCCAGAUUUUCCUUUUGGAAUCAUCUCUCGUCUUCGCUGCUCUAAUUUUUCUCUCCACCUUCAAACGAUGUGAGGAACAGGAAGUAAUCUGAGGUUCCACCGCUUGUUUCGGUUUUAGAGUUGCAAUAUUAUUUCAAAAAGCCUUUCAAUUCGACUCACCAAUUGAUUUCCACUGAGGUUCGUCUUGAAACAAACAACCAUCAGUGGGAGAUUAUUUCACUCUGUGGAAUCAUCUGUUGGUUAUUAAUGGUUAAUCCCAAAUGUUGGAUUUGGGAUUUAAAUCCUCUUCCUGUUGGUUGCUGUAAAGGAACUUUUUCUGCUGUCUCCUUCCGCAUUGAUCAUUUAGACUUUUGGACGGUAUGAGGAUGAAGUGGGAAAAGCUGCUUUUAGCCUGAAUGAAGCUGGUGAACAGUCUGAAUGUGUUUAAAUGAAUAAUGUGAUACGUUUUAUGAAUGAAAACGCUGACCGCCCCUUAGAUUUUAGCUAAUCUGACUAUUUGACCAAAGUUGGAAUGAUGGCUCAUCUACCACUUUGUCUACAUGUGACAGUACUACUACUGUCAAACCAAGUCUAACAAAAAUGACUGAAUAUAAAGACCAAAGUUGUUGUUCUUGUGAACAAAUGCAUAUGUAAAGCCCAUCCUAAUGUUGACGGAUAAAUAAUUGUUCACCAGUUUGACCGAUCUAAUUUAUUUUUUAUUUUUUGUUGUAAUUUCUAAAACUCAUUAAGUCAUUUUUUAAAGUGUUGGAGGUUUUUAGCUCUUGAUUUGCUAAAAGGAGAUUGUGUAGGAUUCCACAAUCUUUGUUUUCUAUAUUAUUUUCAUAUCAAAAAGCUUUAAUCGAAAGUUUAUUUAUAUAUCAAGAAAUAAUUCAAGUCUCUUAAAGAAACAUGUCAUAGUUGGUUUAAAAAAAAAAACACAAAAAACUCAAUC